CAUACAAGGCACACAACUCCAACGAUUAGAAUUAAAUAGAAAUCAAUACCAGCAAAAUACGGAGGUGAAUUUUUCGAACAACCAAAACGCCCACCAAAUAACCAAGUGUCAAUUCCGAUACAACUGAAACAUUUACAAACCCUAAGCUGAGGUGUAAACCAUAAAAAUCCAUUGUGAAAAAUUGUGGGGUGGUGGGAGCAAAACGGAUACUCAAUAGUAAAAAGAGCGUAAGCCAGCGCAAACGAGAGUGUGUGUGUGAGUGCACAGUGGAGAGGAGCAUGACAUGUAUUUGAUGUGUACUCAGCGGCCGAAGAGAGCGCAUUAGACAAGAACAAAACACACGCACACAACUGCGAGAAAGCUUCUUGUCGUUGUUUGUUGUCGGUGUAGGGGAGUCAAAGUCGGUUACGAAAAAUACACGGCGUGAAGCGUGUGUGGAUAGCAUAAAGAACGCAUACAUACAACCAUACACACAUAAAAAUAUAUACAGAAAGUAGUAUAUUUUGCGAAGUUCGCACUCCAAGUAGAGGCACGCAGAAAACAGGGCAGCAAAAUGAAUCCAGCAGUGGAUGCGUGGGUUAUUACCCAGCGGGAGAAGCUCAAGUACCAGGAGCAGUUUAAGGCACUUCAACCCCAGGGCGGUUUUGUAACUGGAGCCCAAGCAAAAGGAUUUUUUCUGCAGUCUCAGCUGCCGCCGCUGAUCUUGGGUCAAAUAUGGGCACUGGCUGACACCGACUCUGAUGGAAAAAUGAAUAUUAAUGAGUUCAGCAUAGCUUGCAAGCUUAUCAAUCUGAAGCUGCGCGGCUUGGAAGUGCCCAAAACUUUGCCGCCCACACUGCUCAGCUCGCUAACGGAUGUUGUGGGCGGUCCGUCACCUGCCAUGACCCCUCGUGGUUCAACCAGCUCCAUGAGUCCCGUGGAUGCACUGAAAAACAUUGCAAGUGUACCGCCGGUCGUGCCCAUUGCUGUCGUUCCACCUCCAAUUGUGGCACCACCUGUGGCGAUUCCACCACCAGUUGCGGUUCCUGUUGCUGCUGUGCCCGCAGCGAUUGUCUCGCCUCCGCAAAGCAAUCCACCUAGUCGGCAUAUGUCCAUUUCGGAGCGUGCUCCUUCCAUUGAAUCGCCGCAGGCAGAGUGGGCCGUGCAGGCGGCACAGAAACGCAAAUACACGCAGGUAUUUAAUGCCAAUGAUCGCACCCGGUCGGGCUUUUUGACGGGAGCACAGGCCCGUAGUGUGCUUGUGCAGAGCAAAUUGCCGCAGGUAACGCUGGCGCAGAUUUGGACACUUGCCGAUGUAGAUGGUGAUGGCCGACUCAGUUGCGACGAGUUCAUCUUAGCCAUGUUUCUAUGCGAAAAGGCUAUGGCUGGCGAAAAGAUACCCGUUACUUUGCCACUCGAUUGGGUGCCGCCCAGCCUGCGUAAGAUCAAGUCGCGACCAGGCUCUGUGUCCGGUACUGGUUCUCGCCCAGGCUCGCAGCCUACAUCACGUCACACGUCGGUUUCCUCACAGGGCGCCGUCAUGUCGGACGCUGAUCCAACUGCCGGCUUGCCGCAAACUUCGUUCGAGGACAAACGCAAGGAGAACUAUGAGAAGGGCAAGGUUGAACUGGAUCGCAGGCGUAAGCUAAUGGAGGAUCAGCAGCGUAAGGAACGGGAAGAGCGUGAACGCAAGGAACGGGAGGAAGCGGAAAAACGCGAAAAGGCACGUCUUGAAGCUGAACGAAAGCAGCAGGAAGAACUGGAGCGUCAACUUCAGCGUCAGCGUGAAAUCGAACAAGAGAAGGAAGAGCAACGCAAGCGUGAGCUGGAGGCCAAAGAGGCGGCCAGAAAGGAGCUGGAGAAGCAACGUCAACAAGAAUGGGAGCAAUCACGCAUUGCCGAAAUGAAUGCGCAAAAGCAGCGGGAGCAGGAGCGUGUACUCAAGCAGAAGGCACACAACACUCAGCUAAACGUGGAGCUCAGCACACUGAACGAAAAGAUCAAGGAUCUAUCGCAAAAGAUAUGCGAUACACGCGCUGGAGUUACCAAUGUCAAGUCAGUGAUUGAUGGCAUGCGCACUCAGCGGGACACGUCCAUGAGCGAAAUGGCGCAGUUGAAGGCACGCAUCAAGGAGCAAAAUGCAAAGCUGCUGCAGUUAACACAGGAGCGAGCAAAAUGGGAGGCCAAGAGCAAAGCUAGCGGUGCUAUAGCCGGCGAGCCAGGACAGCAAGAGCAACUAAACGCGGCGUUUGCGCACAAGCAGCUGAUGAUUAAGCAGAUCAAGGAUAAAGUGGAAAACAUUAAAAAAGAAAUCGAAUCUAAGAAAGAAGAUCUCAAUUCGAACGAUAUAACCAUGCAGGAGCUGAAGGCCGAGCUCUCUGCAUUGAUUACCAAAUGCGAAGAUCUGUACAAGGAGUACGAUGUGGAACGCACCGCGGUGCUGGAAUUGAAAUAUAAUCGCAAGAAUGAGGCAGCCACAAUAAGCGCCACAUCUGCUUGGGAUACAGGCAGCGCCUGGGGCAGCACUGCCACCAGCGUGCCAGCUGCUGUCGAUGCCUAUGGAGGCUAUGGCCUAAGCAAUGAUACAGCCGCUGCUGAAACGGUAACCGCUGUUGACCUGAGUGGACCGGCGCCUGAAGGUUUCGUCAAAUAUCGUGCAGUUUAUGAGUUCAAUGCGCGCAACGCGGAGGAGAUUACGUUUGUGCCAGGCGACAUAAUUUUGGUGCCUCUGGAGCAGAACGCUGAGCCCGGCUGGUUGGCCGGAGAAAUUAAUGGUCAUACUGGCUGGUUUCCCGAGUCCUACGUGGAGAAGCUGGAGGAUGGGUCAACAGCAUUGGCAACCGGAGAGGCAGUGGCAGUGCCAAGUGUUGCUGAUACUGCGGCGACCCUUACCAAUAGCUACUUGGACAAUAACACCUUGGCGGCACAGUCAGCGCUGGCAGCAACUGAUGCUACUGCUGCUGUCACUGAUGCUGCUCUAGGUGAUGUCGAAUACUAUAUAGCCGCAUAUCCUUAUGAAUCCGCCGAGGAGGGUGACCUGAGCUUUAGUGCUGGUGAAAUGGUCAUGGUCAUCAAGAAGGAGGGCGAAUGGUGGACGGGCACUAUUGGCAAUCGAACCGGCAUGUUCCCAUCGAACUAUGUACAAAAGGCCGAUGUUGGCACAGCUGCUGUUGCCAAUUCCGCUGAGACUGCGGUUGAACCUGAACCCGUUGAACAGGAGGUCACACACAAUGGCAUUAGUGCUUCGUAUGCUGCUCAGCCAGAAGCGGUAGAAGUAAAGCAGUCACGGACCCAGCCGGCCGAGCUGGAGGAGUCGCACACAAACGAAGAUCUCGACACUGAAGUAUCGCAAAUAAACACACAAUCCAAAUCACAGAGCGAACCGGCCGAAAGCUACAGCCGGCCCAUGUCACGUACUUCUUCCAUGACACCCGGUAUGCGCGCCAAGCGUUCGGAGAUAGCACAAGUCAUUGCACCAUACGAGGCCACCAGCAGCGAGCAACUGUCGCUGACACGUGGCCAGCUGAUCAUGAUACGCAAGAAGACCGACUCUGGCUGGUGGGAGGGUGAGCUGCAGGCCAAGGGCAGAAGGCGUCAAAUCGGUUGGUUCCCAGCCACCUAUGUCAAGGUGUUGCAGGGCGGACGCAACAGUGGACGUAAUACGCCCGUCUCGGGCAGUCGCAUUGAAAUGACCGAACAGAUUUUGGAUAAGGUGAUUGCUCUAUAUCCGUACAAAGCACAAAACGAUGAUGAGCUCUCGUUCGAGAAGGACGAUAUAAUUAGCGUACUGGGCCGCGAUGAACCGGAAUGGUGGCGCGGCGAACUGAAUGGCCUGUCUGGUCUGUUCCCCAGCAACUAUGUGGGACCAUUUGUUACGUCCGUGCUGAAAACAAAAACUCAAAGCGCGCCAACUGCAUGCUCAACCGCAAUCUCUGGCACAACCGUAACCGCAAGUGCCACCGCAGCCUCAACCGCAACGGCAGCCAAUCAAACGCCGUUACGUCCUCUGCAGCGAUUCUGGCAACACUGGCGCUCUAAGACAGUGACAGGGCCUGAACGUAGUGAUGCCAUACCAGACGAACGGCUGCGCGGCAAAAUUCGAUCGGUUCACAUAACGAAGCGCAGAGAUGGCCAGCUGAUGGGCUGUGCUUACGUCACUUUUGAAUGCAAUGAGACGCUGGCGCGGGCAAUGAUGGAGGACCAAAACAAUCGUCUGGUGGGUCGUGGUGUCAUCAUGGACUGGCAGCUGCCCAAGAAACCCAAUUGCACGCAGUGGCGCUGCUGGUGCUGA